UCUCACAAAGCAGGACAUAAAAUCAGGAUGACUUUGGAACCCAGAGACACACGCGAAGACUGAAUGAAGAAUUCAAAACCUAAAAGAGGAUUAAGACUGAAGACACAGAAUACACUUGUUUGGCAGGAUUUGUUUGUUGUAGGGUGAGCCUUGGUUAACUUGUCAGUUUCCACUUUGCUCUAUGCCUGUAAGACAGAUUUUUCUUUUGUAGCUUUUCUUUUGAGUUUGAUAGUUGAAAUGGCAACCAAUGAGACUAAUUCCACAUCCUUGGACGACUGCAAAGCCACAAACAAGGCUCUGUAUACAUUCUAUGCUGCUGUCAUGAUUUUGAUUAUCGUUUUGGCUUUGCCUCUGAACGCAUCUGUCCUCCACCUCUUCAUAUUCAAGCUGAAAUUCUGGAAAUCUAACACCAACAAUAUCUUCCUUUUCAACCUGGUGUUGGCUGAUAUUCUCCUGCUCUUCUGUUUGCCCAUAAACACGUACAAUUUCCUCCAAGGAGAGCUGAGUGGGAACUACAAAGUUUGCAAAGCAAUGCUCUUCAUGUUGUUUUUAAACCGAGGAGCCAGCAUCGCCUUCCUGACAGUGAUUUCCAUUGAUCGAUAUUUUAAAGUGGUACAUCCUAAUCGAACGAAUCUCAUAAGAUCUCUCAAGAAAUCUCCUCAGAUCUCUAUCCUCAUCUGGGUACUGCUUCUGCCUCUCACCGUUCCCACCAUGCUCAAGGACUUUGACUGCUGCAACAGCCACAAGAGCGAUGUAACUGAAAGCCUGGUUAAGGAUGCGGUGGACAUUAUACGAGAAGUGGUCUUCUUCACCCAGAUUCUCAUCCCCUUCACCAUCCUGGUCUACUGCACAGUGCACAUUGUCAUCCGGCUCAGGAAGAAAACAGUCGGGAAUAAGACCAAGUUGAAGAGAGCCGUCUUUCUGGUGAUCGCUGUCAUUGUGUUGUUCUCCGUGUGCUUCCUCCCCUGCGCCAUAGCCAGGAUGGUUCUGCUGAUAGCCGGGGUCCAAGGCUGGAGUGAACCCUACAGGGAGACUGCUGCUGCGGCCUUUGACGGCCUCCUGGUCCUCUCCUUCAUUGACUGUCUGCUGGAUCCGUUUGUCUACUGCUUCUGUAGCACCAAGUUUAAAGCUCUUUAUCUCUCCAGUUAUUUCCCGUUCUUAGGGUAAGACGGUUCAGUGCCGUUGGACAGUUCAACAGGAAACACAUCACAUCAACCAAUGUCAUUUGAAAUUCAUAGAAAACUGAGGAUGGACAGCUACUGUACAAGGUGUGGUUUCUCUGUGUGGUGACACCUGUACUAUCCAACAGGAUACUACCUGAGACUGAGUGUGUGCCUACUUUAUAAAAGAGGACUCUGAAGGUCAUCUAUUUAUCAAGACAGCACAGUAACUAUUUAAGUUUCUAUUUUCUAUUGGUUUUUAAAUAGAAAUAGAUUUUUGUGGCAAGUGAAAUGCCCCUUUUUGAGGGGAAUGCCCCACGUCAAUGAAAACGUCCUUUCAUGUUUGGGAUGUUAAAAAGAACAGGAAUAAUAAUACCAACCAUAACAACCUCACACAACAAUUAAUCUAAUCUACCACAGUCAAAAAAUAUUAGCAUUAGCUGUAGAUGGUGAGAAAUGAGAUUUUACAGAAGUCAAAGACAGUAUUUACUAAUAGAACUUUAAGUCUUAAAAAUACAUUUUAUUUACUACUAGGUGUCAGUAAAAUCUGUGUGCUGCUGGUCCAGACUGCUUGUUACCAGCUGGGUCUGGUGCUUGUGGGUUUAAUUACAUGUGAAUUUACUCAUCUGUGUGUUGAUGAGCUGUUUGUUGAAGAUGCAUCAUUGUGUCUCACAAAAUACCUCACUGCUUUGUAUUUGUCAUAAUAUUCUUUGAAAUGGUGAAGCACUGUAAUAAUGCAAUGAGACAUUUGUUCUGUGAAAUAUUAGGCAACUUUCUUGAUGGGGAAACAACUGAGGAAUGAGUUUGAGGGAAAAAGCAGCUGAGUGAAUCAAGAAACAAACAAAUAUAAGGUUUGUUGUAGAUUUAAAAGCCUUUAUUAACAUGGAUACAAGAUUAAAAAGAAGACUGAUGCGUACUGACUUCAGAAUCACAAACAAGCAAACAAUUGUGGAUAUGCACAUCAUGUGAAAAUGUGAGCGACAAUAUUUGGCUCUGUAAAUGUCACAUCCACACAACUGACAAUGUGUAACAGUGUAUGGAAACACUGCAGAUCUUUACUGAGUCAAUAGAGGAACACACACACGGCUUAUAUAUAGUAUGCCCUUAAAUAAGAGUGUGUCAGAGUUUACAAACAAACACAAUUUAAACACCCUGCAGUGGUGUUUUUGUUAGUCAGUUGUAUGGAUUUGUAUUUACACAUUUUCAUGUGUUCACAGUAUAAAUCAGUCAGUACACAUGCUUCAUUCUUGUUCUUUAAUUUUGUAUCCACAUUGAUAAAGUAUAAAAGCAUACUUAUACAACAUAUCUGUAAAUGUACCAAUCAGCAAAAUUACAAGUAGGGCGUGAACUCUUUGUGGCUUUCAAUAUCUCUCAUUUACUGUCCCUAAUUGUACAAAUACAGAUUCAGUUUAUCUAUAAAAUUAAGAAUUAUGGGUGCAAACAUCUUCUGAAUUAUGAUUACUUAUAUAUGUGUCAUUUACAUAAUGUGUUCCUGUAACUAUGGUCCUAAUAUAUUGUACAUUUUUUACAUUGUACAUAAUUUUUCAAAGACAUGACAACCAUUUGUCACCCUGUUGAGUGAAGUUGUCAACAGGACUGUAUUUUGUAACGGAAAUACAUAAUAGAGCAGGGAUCACAUCCAGAGACUGACACAACAUGUUAUUACACUGUUUUACACGUGACAAUGUGUAAAUUCUUGCCUUAUCUUUUACAGUUUUUACUACUGCUGCAAUAUACGAAUUUGUAAAUAUAUUUUUACCUUUGAGUACAUUUCUGCUGACUGAUCCUUCAUCUUACUUCAGGUCUGAAUUAUGUUGAUAUAUGAACUUAAAACUUAAAGCUGCUGUCACACAAACAUUCCCAUGAAGUUGAGUUAUGAGUCAACAUGCAUUUAAGCAAUCCUGAAACUGGAAUAAAGAGUGGGUGUGGCUUC